UGCUUUCACUUUAGUUCACGGCGGGACGACACGGCGAGAGAAGUGCCUGACUUAGCUGCAAAAAAGAAGACGAAAAAGAAGAAGAAUCAUCGAGAACAAAGAUGAAGUGUGUACUGCUUUCCUGCGUGGUCGCUCUGGUUGCUGUCUGCUCUGCUGCCGAGCUUGUCUCGAAGCCAAAGGUCCAGGUGUACAGCCGUAACCGUGGUGAGUUUGGUAAGGAAAAUAUCCUGAUCUGCCAUGUCAGUGAAUUCUAUCCACCCGACCUGAAGAUCCAGCUCCUGAAAGAUGGGGUGGAGAUGAAGAACUGCAACCAGACCGAUUUGACCUUCCACAAGAACUGGCACUUCCACCUGACCGUGAGCAGGGAGUUCACACCAGUCAGUGGAAUACAGUACACCUGCCGGGUGACACAUGGCAACAAGGCCGUCGACUACGCCUGGGAGUCCAACAUGUAACUUCGCUCCUCCAGCUGUUUUUUUGUUUGUUGCUUCACCAAUCAACAUGAUCUCAGUUUAUUCCUCUAAACCUUCAUCAUCAUCACACUGGUUAUCCGAUCUUCUUCCUGGUCUUUAUGGCUGCCAUGGCCUUCAUUAUGGCUGUGGCGCUGACUCUUCACCUGUUGUAACCGAUCCUUCUUCAUCAUCAUCAACAGCAGCGGCAUGAAAACACCUCCUUGUGUAAAUCAGGCUGAUGAUGAGCUGAUUGUCUGAUUUGUUUGUAGGGUUGUUGUGUGUUUAUUAAAUCCUUUCUGACCAUUGUGUAAAUAUGCAUGUUAAAUCUCAAUUGAAUGUUGAUCAGGUGAUUAUUAGAUAAUGAAAAUGAAGAGAUGGUGUUUUUUUUAACUUUGUCAUUGAGGGGUUCUCUCUUUAAUAAAUAAAACAAUCUUAAAAAAUCAA